CAGAGAAUUUACCCCUUCUCUCACUCCAGCUCUGUGUGCAGUAAGGCAGACUUUUCCCAUCCUUUUCCCUACUAUUUUUGUCAUGUUUUUGCCAUUAUCAUGUCAUGAGAAAACCCAAACAAAAUAGGGAGUGGGGCAGCAGGAAUGGUCAGCAGGACAUAGGAGUUAAUCCUCUGCUGGUGCACAGUAUGUGCUGUUCUUUCACAUUCUUCCAGUUUCUUGUGUCAUCUCCCUUCCAAGGCAGCCAGGAUGGCAGAAGAGCUGAAGAAGGAGCAGGACACCAGUGCCCACCUGGAGAGGAUGAAGAAGAACCUGGACCAGACAGUGAAGGACCUGCAGCACCGUCUGGAUGAGACCAAGCAGCUGGCACUGAAGGGAGGGAAGAAACAGGUCCAGAAGCUGGAGGCCAGGAUCCAAGAAUUAGAAGGUGAACUGGAAGAAGAGCAGAAAAUAUCCUCAGAGGUUAGGAAAAACAUCUGCAAAUAUGAACGGCAUUUCAAAGAGCUCACUUUUCAGUGUGAAGAACAAAAGAAGAUCAUGAUUAAGUUGCAAGAUAUGGUAGAUGAACUGCAGAUGAAAAUCAAAUCCUACAAAAGACAAGCUGAGGAAGCUAAUCAACAAGCUAAUGCUGAUCUCUCCAAACUGAGAAAUGCACUGCAUAAGAUAGGUGAGGCCCUGGAAAGGGCAGAUAUUGCUGAGAACCAAGGAAAUAAACUCAGAGCUAAGGCCCGAGAAGGCGCUGCUACAAAGGUGGUGUUAGGAACUGAGAAAUGAGCUUCUUCUGGGAUAACUUCCAAAAAGUAUCUCUCCAGGUGUGGAAGUAGUUUUCCCUUGGUUUAUGAAUACAAAUAUUUUCUGUUGCUGCUGCUGCACCAGUGUCAAUAAAAUAGAUACCUGAAACUUCA